AUGUUGGCCUUGUCAAUCAAUACUGACCUUCCUACCAUGGAUAGGUAUUCUUCAGAGCCAGACCCCCUCGAAGAAAUCAGCGACAUCAUGGCGACCGCCGCCCCUCCUCGUAACAAGAUGCUGGGCCAGGUUCAGGCCGACUCAGCAGAGAGCAGCCGUGGCCCCUCUCCCCAGCCAACACAUUUCAGCUUGCCCAUGGCUUCUCGCUCAAAUGGCAACGGCCACAGGGUUUUGAGGUCAGCAACAGUUGGCUACAUUGCGCCGACUUUUGUUGGCAAGCAAGAGCAGAUGGAGCAGGUCAAGGAGCUCAUCAAGAGCAACGGAUGGAUCCCAGAAGCUCUGAUUGAGGAGCAAGUCACAUGGUUCUACGACGAGCUCGGCAUCGACGAUGUCUACUUCAAGAUUGAAGUUCCCGAGGUCAUUGCCAGCCAAAUCACAUCUCUGUACGCCGCCAAGGUGGCCGCUUUCGCCCGCGAGGACAAGCGCGAGGAGAUCAGACUUGACAUGGAGGCGCAUGAUCAUGCCAUUUACAUCGACACGAGCGAGCCCGGCAGGACGUCCAUUGCUGGACCCCGCUACGAACAGCGCCUCGAGGCCAAGUAUCUUGACCAUGUUGGCAAGACCAAGUUCCGUGUAGAGACCUUCCGCUCUCCUGGAGUUCUGGGCGCAUCACCAACCUCUAAGGCCACCCUGCGCUGCUACUUCGUCUACCAAUGUCUCUUCAAGCAGAGCCCUGAGACAACGGACCCUCACGAGACCCGUUUGGAGGUCAUUGCCGACAACGGUUUCUUGCAGAAGGCCACCAACAACACCAAGCAGAUCUACCAGGAGAUCAUUGAUCUCGCGGUCAAUAGAACUGGCCCCGUCAUUGAGGUCUUCGACAUUGAGGGCUCUCCUGAGAAGCGCUUGGUCAUUGCCUUCCGCUCUCGUACUGCCCGUGGCCUGUUCUCGGCUCUCAGUGACCUGUACCACUACUACGGCGUCACCAGCUCCAGAAAGUACGUGGAGCAAUUUGCCAACGGUAUCACGGUCAUGAGUAUCUACCUUCGUCCCGCUAUGAACAUCGAGGGUAACUUCCCAUCGUUGGACCAGUCGAUCCACCAGAUUACCAAGGAGAUCUCCCUGCUGUACUGUAUUCCCCAGAACAAGCUGCACUCUCUCUUCACUGCCGGUGAGCUGAGUCUGCAAGAGACCGUUUACGGCCACUGCGUCUGGGUUUUCAUUCAGCACUUCCUGAACCGUUUGGGUUCUGAGUACAUCUCCCUGUCAGAGAUCCUGGACCCUAAGAACCAGGCUCACACAGCACUUCUGUCCAAGCUGAAGCGCCGUCUGAGGACGGAGACUUUCACUCCCGACUACAUUCUGGAGAUCAUCCAAUCGUACCCGGGCCUUGUUCGCGCCCUCUACGCUUCUUUUGCCUCGGUGCAUCUUGCCGUCGGACCCGACUUUGACCGUCACUUCAUCGCCCCUACCCCGGCCAUUGAGGUCUUGUCCGAUGCCAAGCUCAAGGAGCGCAUCACUCGCGAUGUUUCCAACGAGCACGAGGAGAUGGUCAUGACCGCCUUCCGGGUCUUCAACAACGCCAUUCUCAAGACCAACUACUUCACUCCCACCAAGGUUGCCCUGAGUUUCCGCCUGGACCCCUCUUUCUUGCCUGAGAUCGAAUACCCCAAGCGCCUCUACGGCAUGUUCCUCGUCAUCGGCGCCGAGUCGCGCGGUUUUCACCUGCGCUUCAAGGAUAUUGCCCGCGGUGGUAUUCGCAUCGUCAAGUCUCGCAGCAAGGAGGCUUACGGCAUCAACGCCCGCAACCUGUUUGACGAGAACUACGGCCUGGCCAGCACCCAGCAGCGCAAGAACAAGGACAUUCCCGAAGGCGGUUCCAAGGGUGUCAUCCUUCUUGACCCCAAGAUGCAAGACCGCGCCGAGGAGGCCUUUGAGAAGUACAUUGACAGUAUCCUCGACCUUCUGCUCCCUGCCCAGACUCCCGGCAUCAAGAACCCGCUUGUGGACCUGUACGGCAAGGAGGAGAUCAUCUUCAUGGGACCCGAUGAGAACACGGCAGAGCUCGUCGACUGGGCUACUGAGCAUGCUCGCGCCCGCGGCGCACCCUGGUGGAAGUCAUUCUUCACUGGCAAGUCGCCCAAGUUGGGCGGUAUUCCCCACGACACUUACGGCAUGACGACCCUGUCUGUCCGUGAAUACGUCAACGGUAUCUACCGCAAGCUCAACCUCGAUCCCUCGACUGUGAAGAAGAUGCAGACCGGCGGUCCCGAUGGUGACUUGGGCAGCAACGAGAUCCUUCUCAGCACCGAGAAGUACACUUCCAUCGUUGACGGAUCUGGUGUUCUCGUUGACCCCAACGGACUUGACAAGCAAGAGCUUCUCCGUCUUGCCAAGUCAAGAUCCAUGAUUGUCAACUUCGACAUGUCCAAAUUGUCCAAGGAUGGAUACCGCGUGCUGGUUGAUGACAACAACAUCAACCUGCCCACUGGAGAGUUUGUCUCCAACGGCACAUCUUUCCGCAACACCUAUCACUUGCGCGAUACUGGUCUCACCGACUCCUUCGUUCCCUGCGGUGGUCGUCCCGAGUCCAUUGACUUGAUUUCGGUUAACAAGAUCAUCAAGGACGGCAAGUCGACCAUUCCCUACCUGGUUGAGGGCGCCAAUCUCUUCAUCACUCAGGAUGCCAAACUCCGCUUGGAAGAGGCCGGCUGUAUCCUGUACAAGGAUGCCAGUGCCAACAAGGGCGGUGUCACGUCUUCCUCCUUGGAGGUUCUUGCUUCGCUCUCGUUCGACGACGAGAACUUUGUCAAGCAUAUGUGCCACGACGCCAAGGGCCAGGCUCCUCAAUUCUACAAGGACUACGUCAAGUCUGUCCAGGCAAAGAUUCAGGAGAACGCCCGCCUUGAGUUCGAGGCCAUCUGGCGCGAACACGAGCAGACCGGUGUUGCCCGCAGCACCCUCUCCGACAACCUGUCCAACGCCAUCACCACCUUGGACGAGGAGCUCCAGCACUCCGAUCUCUGGAAGAACGAAGCCAUCCGUCGCUCGGUCCUCCAGGACGCCCUCCCCAACCUUCUUCUGGAGAAGAUUGGCCUCGACACUAUCAUCGAGCGCGUCCCCGACUCCUACUUGCGCGCCAUCUUCGGCAGCUACCUCGCCUCGAGGUUCGUCUACCAGUUUGGCAGCCAGCCUAGCCAGUUUGCUUUCUACGACUUCAUGGCCAAGCGUAUGGCGAGCGUCAAGCAGUAA